AUGACAGCGAGCACAUCAGUUGCGGUAGGCUGUGCGGUGGGUAUACCCGUCGGUGUGGGUAUUAUAAUAGCGGUAGUUUUUUGGUUCAACCUACAAAAAAGGUACAAAAAGGAGGAACAAGACGAUCAAGAAUUGGAAAGAGCUAUUUAUGACGAAAGUGGUUUCGUAUCCUUUGACAACUUUGGACCCUUGAGAGAUAGUAAAGACGAAACAGGACUAACCAGUGCUGAGUUGAAGAAUCCUGACCACACGUCUGGUUCAUCGGAAGGAUCAGCUCAGCCAGAAGAAAAAGAUGGCAAAUUGCGAGAUCAUGAGAAUCCAUUAGGGAAAAGAGAUAGUAAAUAUUAUGUGCCAGCAUAUCGUAGGAAGAUAAAUUUGUUACAAGUACGAAAUAGCAGCUACGGUAAUAACAUCAAGCAAAAGUCUAUUGUCGAUUUACCGAGUAUGAAUAACAGCUCUAAUGUAUCAUUAUCUUCGUCCCAACAGCACAUAACAAAGAGGCAGAUAAGUGUUUAUGACCAAAUGGUCCCUGUUAUUGCUGAUGAUGGACCAAACUUCUUUACGGAUCCUUCGAGUGAUACUAAUACUAGUAAUGACCAAAAUAAACCUUCAAUGACAGAUUUCAAACAUAAUAUUCGGCAAUCUAGUAAUGAGAAUUUAAUAAGGAAUUUACAAAAUCAGGAUUUUGGUUCGUACUACCCAAGAAGAGCAUCCUCAUCAUUUUUAAACGGCAACAUAUCAAACACAUCCUUUCAUACAAGAAAUUCCUCUAUAACAUCUGUAAAUAAACCAGAUGCACUGGAAGAUGUGUUUGCGACACCAAAAAGUGCGGCUCUGUCGCACUUACCAAGCACGUCUGAUAAAAAUAGUGAAGAGUCUGAUGAUUGCAAUUCAGUAAAGGGUGCCGUGUCAGCUAAAGCAGACAAAGAAACUAAGGAUUUAUACAAGUUGCAGAAUAACUAUGAUGUGGGCAAUAUCGGAGAAAUUGCAGAGGAAGAUCAAUAUGAAAACGAAUUUACUAACUAUUCACAAAGCAAGAGAGAAUUCAUAGAAAGUUUCAGACCUAAAUAA